UUGAACUUCGCCCUUCACGAUUUUACCUUUCAAAGUCUCAUUUAGGCAUCUUUUCUGCAAGAUUUAGAAUAAUUGGUCACGAAAUUUCUACGCAAGACCGGGAUGCAAUCGACAAAACAUGCCUUGGUAACGCACAAUACCGCGAUUCGUCUAUUUUUGCAAUCGUAUCAGGCAGUUGGACACGCACGACGAAUAGGUGCGGGUCACUGCAUUGACAGCCGUGGGUUCCUCUCGUUUUCGAGAGGGGCCCGUGGCAAUUUGGUUGCUGUCUAAAACACUGGACGUGGCUGUAAUUGGAAUGUCCACAUGAAGCUGAUGAAGUUUUUGCUUCGUUACUUUCCACCAGGUCUCGCCUUGGAGUAUACUCAAGGUGGAGAUAUCAAGACGAAAAUGAUCGAUCUUCUGGACUUAUCUGCCGAAACGGACAUAAGAGCAUUAGCGGAGAGCAUAAAAGCGGCCGAGCCUGUAAUAACCGAAAGUGUAAUGGAGCAGUUAGUGGAGACCCUGCAGAAGCUGCAAGCCAAAGUUUGCGAUACAAACCCGAAGCGUUACUACAAAUACAAGACCUUGCAGACUCAUCUUCUGCCCCUCACGAAUAUCGCGUUCGAUAAACUAGGUAAAAGAUGCUUGACAGGCAGCUAUGACAGAACGUGUAAAGUUUGGGACAUUGACAGUGGAACGGAGCUUCUUACUCUCGAAGGCCAUAAGAAUGUGGUCUACACCGUGUCCUUCAACAACCCAAUUUCAGACAAAAUCGUAACGGGUUCCUUCGACAAAACCGCAAAAAUUUGGUGUUCUCGGACGGGUCAUUGCACGGCAACUAUGAGGGGUCACAAUGCUGAAGUAGUUGUUGCCAAAUUCUCGCCAAUUUGUACGAAAAUCGCAACUGGAUCUUUAGACAUGACGUCAAGAAUAUUUGACAUAACAACAGGUGAGGAAUUAGGGAUAUUGAGAGGUCACACUGCAGAAAUAAUCGCUUUGCACUUCAAUAACGAUGGAAAUCAAAUAAUAACGGGUUCUUUUGACGGCACUGUCAGCAUUUGGGAUACGAGGAUUCUCACUCGCAUAUGCGUGUUAAUCGGUCAUCGAUCCGAAUUAUCGAACUGCAUUUAUAACUUCGAUUGCUCGUUGAUCGCCUCAUCGUCGAUGGAUAAAACGGCCAAAGUUUGGGACACGAAAAUGAACUCGUGCCUGGUCACAUUUCGAGGACACGACGACGAGGUCUUGGACCUGACCUUCAACAACAAUGGGAAAAAGUUGGCCACUGCGAGCAGCGACACCACAGCCAGAGUUUGGGAUGUGAGCACCAAUUUCAAGCAGCUAGCCUUGAUGAAAGGUCAUCGAGAAGAAGUUUCGAAAGUGUGUUUCAGCCCAAAUAGUCAACAUUUGCUGACAUCAUCCUUGGACAGAACGUCGAAAUUGUGGUCUUUGGAAAAGAAUGGAUGUUGCAUACAGACAUUAGAUGGUCACACAGACGAUGUGUUCAGUUGUGCAUUCUCUUAUAAUGGCGAUACUAUUAUCACAGCGAGUAAAGAUAACACUUGUACGAUUUGGAGAUGACUCGAUUGGUUUCAGGUGUGCCCUUAGCUCUUACUUGUGAUUUUGUUCAUUGUUUAUGUCGUAUAUUUUUAUGCACUUUAAAAUGUUAUCCAUUCUUUUAUAGAUUAAGUUUGAAUACUUUCUUAAAUGUUUUUCAAUUGAAAUAAAAGUACUUUUUUUUUUUAAUACAAUU